UGGUGGCAAGAUGGUGUGUUCUACCAAAUUCACGUUAGGAGCUUCUAUUCCCAGGAGAACAAAGGAAAUGAACGAUUUGGUGAUUUAAAAGGAAUUGAGAUGAAACUGCCAGAGUUAAAAGAGCUAGGUGUGAGUGUGAUCGUGCUAAAUUCUAUAUUAAAAUCAGAUUCAAGUUCCUCAAAAAAAGAUUAUGGUUACGAGAUCGUUGAUUACGAACAAAUUGAUGAUAGCAUUGGUACGAUGGAUGAUUUCGAAUCAUUAGUGAACGCUACGCACAGGAACGGGAUGAAAUUGAUAAUUGAGUUUGUACCGAAUCACGUUGGAGACAAACAUCCUUGGUUUGAGGAGUUCAAAAAGUAUUUUGAAAACCCGCCAACCAAUCCUACCUCCAGCUGGAAUCAUUUUACGACAGUGUAUGAGGAAGAAGGCGGUUCUUGGAAACAAUUAGAUAGCACAAACGCUCGGAGCAAUAACACAUACUACCUACAUCAGUUCUUGAAAACUCAACCGGAGCUGAACCUCAGAAGCAGGUUCAUACAGGGUGAAAUGGAGAAAUAUUUAAAGUUCUGGACGGAUAAAGAUGUCGACGGAUUCAAAAUCGCUAAUUCGGAUUUCCUUUUCGAAAACUCCGACCAGAUUGAUAAUUCACCUGGAGUUAGUAACAACAACAGCAACAACAACAACAAUAAUAAUAAUAAUAAUAAUAUGUAA